AUGAAUUCAAUUGGGUUAUCAUUAUUAUUAUUUUUAUUAACAGUUUCUCUGAUAAAAAUCAUCAGCACAACAGCUCUAUACUGUAAUGAAGAUAUCAAUGGUACUCGUCAGCUAAUUGAAAAUUGUCGUGCAUGUGUUAUUUUUAUCGAUAAAAAGAUUGAUACAAUAGAUUCACUGGGAAAAACCAUUAUCUAUGAUGAACUAUCAAUUAAAGAAUUAUCUUUAUAUGAUGAAAAAAAGCUCCAUCAUCGUCAUGCUGACACUAUAAUUCAUCAGAAAUGCGCCCGUGAACCCGAUGGCCCACUGUAUGGUUAUGAUCAAACACAUUGCUAUUGUAAUUCAAACAGAUGUAAUUCAAAUAUCCAACAAUGCAUUUAUGAAAUAGUGUCAAAACGUUAUUUUUCAUGUUAUCAUGGUUCAAAUGUAAGUCAUGAUUCACUUGAAAUCUAUAAGAAAUGUCGUAGUUGUCGUAUACGACUCGAAACUGAUUUAACGUAUCAUUACGAAUGUUUAACAUUUGGUGAACAAGAACAAAAAAAUCUUACACAUUGUACUUGUCAAUAUCCAAUGUGUAAUCAAAAUUUAGCAAUAUGCCAACGUUUUCAACAAGACCCAACUUUAUUACGAAUUAAUCCGAUGCAUAAAAGCGUGAUUAAUUCAACGCAGAGCAUUUCUGCUAGUACCGGUACAACGGCGACGACGACGACGACGACGACGACGACGACGACAACAACAACAACAACAACAACAACAACAACAACAUCAAUAACUACAAGAACAAUUAUGAAUACAACAAUAAGUACUACAAUAACAUCAUGGAUCAGUAGUUUACCAGAAAUCGUAGCGACGUUAUCAAAUAUCAACAAAGCUGAUGAAGACAUUUUGAUUGAAAAUGCAACAUCGAUUGAAUUAACUUCAACACCAUGUCAUGAAACACAAGAGCCUAAUAUAACAGCUGUUGAAAUGAAAAAUUAUGCUAAUUAUUUUUCAUCAAAUUUUUGUUAUAUUUCAAGUCUAUUGUUAUUAUUUGUUUUCUUUUUUUAUUAA